UACGGUUCCACACAAGCAAAACAUGUGCAGUUUUGUCAGCCUCGAUCGUGAACUGCCCGUGCCACUGGCAUCCAUUUAUUGUUUCCGGGCAGACAGAUACAGUACUAUACUCAUCCGUCGCCUCAUCACCUUUGUACGCCAACCUCACGGGCCGCUGCCGUUGCCUCGCCUCAUCCAAGUGCACACGAGACCUUCCAACCCAUCGCUUGCUAGGACAUUCCUUCAAGACAAACUGAAGGGUCGAGACACCUCUGAAGAGAUUCGACAUGACCUGGUGGCUGUGGCAUUUUGAGAAACGCCUGAUAGACAUGGUACGGUAGCCGAACUCAUGCACUUACAUAUGAACUCGUCGCACAUCCUUCAAUACCGCCGGUCCCUUCUGCUCGCUUCUUUCGUGAGGCGUCUGCCGCUGACCAUUGCCUGGCAAUCGCACAGCUUCUUCGCAGUCCAUCCUUCCACAAAGGCGUGCAAAAGGUCCACAAGACAGUCCACCAAAUACAACAUGGCAAGCCGCCCGAGUACUAUGGCGGGACGCACAUCGAUUCCGAGCACGAAGCAAAACAAGGCCUUGGCCACUUUUUCAAGUUGUUCUGGGAUGAGUUAAAAUCAGGACACAAGCCGCAACCGCCGACGAAGAAAUGACCACGAUCGCCACCAGUCCUCCGACCACUCUUACGAACAAACCAUUUAGGACAGAAAUUUUGUCGAACUUUAAGCGAGGCGUUUUUGGCGGCAAUUGUCCCUCUUGCGUUGGUCUUCAAGUAAAUGGCGGGAACGCAUUUCAAGGUGAAAAAAAGGUAGACUUUGGAGGCAGCUGCCAGGGUGGACCGCCUUCUACAUCAAACUGCACAUUGAAGUUGUUCAUUCGGAUCAAUGAUCCAACCACAGCGCAACUCCUCAGCGAGGGGUGAAAAAAUCUCUGCAAAUCACUAGCAAACAUGCUCCUGGUAGGUGCUAAAAAAAAGGGCGCCUUGCCCUGAUAUACCCAUCUCCUUGCUGUAUAGUCACGGAUAAGAUUGGGUUGGCUAUCUUCUCUCCCCGUAGGAGUUCGACCCUCAUUCCAUCCGGAGAGCAGACCCCCGCCAUGUGCAAUCUUGCUGUGUUGCUUUGUUUCGAUGCUUCAAAGAACAAGAUUGCCUCCCUCGACGAGUAAUGGCGGACAUUUGUAUCGCCUUCAGAACGGCUGUCUUGCCCAUUAACACUGUAUCCUCUCCGUCGCAUCUGAGUUGAUACACUAAGCAAGUUUUGGGGCUGGUUUUGAUUCACCUAUUUCGGUCAAUCGCUCACCACAAGAACAGUAUGGCCAUUUGAUGUCAUCAAUACUAACGAAAUGAGCUGUUGCGAACUCUAGGCAGACGGAUACUCUAGUUGAGUUAUGAUCAAGGCAUUGAACAAAACUUGUCACCCCAAAGAAUCGUCUACAUGAGCUUCCCCACUCUCCAAAGGGCUUGCACAAAGUGACACGAUCCAUAUGGAACGCGCGAACUCGGCUGUCUUUCAAAUUGAUGCCCAACGGGACUCACAAUCACCCACACAGGUUUGCAAGGCAUAUUACGAGGGCCCCGGAACUGCAUUGAAAAAAUGGCAAUGUCUGAAGUCGGCAUGUCGCAGCACCCGCCGACAUUUGAGGUUGGACUGUGAUCGGUGUGCAACGUUAUAACUGUCCUCAAGCCACCAGCAUCAACGAGCAGCCUCCCGCUGUCAUAUGCAUGUCAAAUGCAGUCGUGGUGUAACAGAGGUCCCCAUUGCAACAUGCGGCGCAAGGCAAUGGGAUUUCGCUGAACAAUAGCAGCUGGUCGCAGCCAUUCGAGAGGCAGGGCACAGCGUCUAAUUGGGAAAUUUUCCUUUCCUAGACGGCAUUGUCACCCAUCGGGAACAGGUGUUUGAUGGGCUCAAGCAGAGCAGUCGCCGUGUCGUACUGCCAGUGGCAAUCUGCGAAUCUCAAAAGAAUGCAGGGGAUAUAAGCACACUACAUACCCUUCUGAUCACAUUUUCCUGGGUUCAUGUCAGGCGUGAUGGCGCCUCCCAUCUCUUAAGCGCACUAGAGUCUGUUGGAAAAUGGGGCUAUGACAAUUAUUUGCCAACCUCUGGCCCUGUCUCCGCUCAUUCUCAUGUGCUGGGUAACACUGGAUCAAUCCAAGUGUUAAUGCAAGCGAUUGAAACAGGGGGUCAACAGCCAACCGUUGUUGGUUUCUUUGCAACCGGCCUGCUUGUCUCCGCAUGACAGCCCAUCCCCCGACAGCCACAGCCUUCCUCAGCACCAGAGCAGUUGGCCGGCCAGGAUCUUCUGAGGAUGCAGCAGUAGCAACUUCGGACAUCCGCUCAAAGAUCCUGCAUACAGCACCUCUUUCGCGCCAAAGGGGUCCGGAGCUGGAAUUGUUAGUGCACAGCCGACGAUGGCUUGGAAAGCAUGAAGGGAAGGCCACAGUUUCCUCAGGCGGCUGUCGUCGGCCUAAUGGAAUGGCCCUGCAACAGUUAGUUGCUAACUCUCACAGCGGACCAGAUGGAAACUGUAAUGGUCUUGUUGCACAGAGCCAUACUGUAGGCUAGCACCGCCUGCUGCGCUCGCAAGCAACAUCGAGCUUUGCAAAGCCACAGUGUCUUACACUUCUCAAUCUCCCACAUUCGUUAACGUGGCCAAAAGCUGUCUCGGCCUCGACUUGUUGCCGCAAAAAGGCCGUUCGUAUGUCACCGUGCAAGGUAACCUGGGAGGUGGAACUUGGUCCACAACCGAGACAUUAAGCGCCUCCAACGGAUAUUGAUUAUUACCGUAAUCACUGUGCGCAGGCUCCUGCACAACCGUUGAGAAAUUGUGACACAGCUGCAUAAGCGAAGCCUGCCACAAUGGGAUGUAUUCCAAGGUGACUACCGCCGCGCACCUUGGCAAUUUCGGCCUUCGAAUAGUGCAAAGAAAUGCAGAAGCCAAUGACAGCGAACAUGGAGGAUCUGGUACACACGCACCAUCACACCUAGAAGGCGUGCCUCAAGGACUGCUUGUGCGACGUCGCUUGCGUGAGGAUAGAAUCCGUCGGCCGCCGGGACAGAACGGAGGCUGGAUAUUCGUUUCUCCUUCUUGUAAGUCUGAAGGCAAGGUUUACCGGUGUGGCUGGCGCUAGGACAUGCAGGAGAUCAAUGAUCGUGGGAUCGCGCACGGGCCGCGACCCACGACCCAGAUUGAGGGCCUGUUCGCACCCAAGUGCCGUAGCGAUGCCGGUGGCACUCAGCCUUCAGAAGGAUCAGACCACCUGUCUGGCGGGCCCGACGCCCGACGCCCAAUCCCCGGCCGCGCAGAGUCGCAUGGACUCCGGUGGGUCGGCUUGCAGUGCCAGUCUUGGGCGUUACCGAUCGCGAUUCGGACGGGUUGGAAUCGGUGGCCACGUGCUAAGUGGCGUCCAGUCGAUGACGGGACAAAAAGGAGGCAGCACUCACGUCCGCUCCAAAAGCCUUUGCUGCCUAUCGACAGGACCAUACACUCCCACGCUACAAGACUUGAUUGUGUGAUGCACCAGGGUACAUUGUGGUCAUGAGUGACGCCCUUCUGUGUGCCCUAGAGUUCAAGCUUAUCCUGGUCCACAAGUGCGUACAAUUUACUAGACGCUCGAAGGUACUGACCGUGCGGGCCACAUGCCGCAUUUUCAUCAGAUCGCCAAUCGGUUACGGAGUGCGAGCCGAGAUUCCAUCACUCAAGCAGUGGUGGAGGUUUCGGUCAGGUAGAGAUGGUUUGUUAUUCUAAGCCCAGAUUCCCUGCCAUCCAGCGUCAUUGCGGAGUAAUGGAUGCCCGUGGCGGUUCGAUUGAGUUUCACUGACAAGAGCCGCUCCACGCAUGUCAGACGUCCGUGUAGCACAGUCUCAGUGUGUCCACGCAAAGGGCUGUGUUGUUGAAAACCGUAGCUUGGGAUGAAGACUUAUUUUCGUGGAACGUGGUGAAAAUAUAGCCAUCUGAAAAGUCCGAAUCAGAAGCACAUCAAUCCAGGCCAUAGCACGUUAAUCUCGUGAGGUUAGAGUUGUUCGGGCUGGUCUGUGAUCUCAGCUUGUCA